AUGCUCAGAGAAGAGGCACAAAUGGACCUUCUUUUCAACAUCACGGCUAGUGCGGCUAAUUGGGCACUGCUGGCUGGCUAUCUAGUCGUACCCGGCACGUUCACAUCACUACAGACCUCGAGCCAGGUUGAAAAGACGUUGCAGAGCAACAAAGCCGGUCGUACCGCUCUACAUAUGAUCCAGAACCCUCCGUUACUCGUUAUUGCGUGCUUCCUUUUUGUUGGUGGAGCUGCAGCUCUCAUCUGGCUUAUGUAUUUCCCAAAGCUUAGAGGAAAUUACGUCUGGUUGAACAAUCAAGUGUUUCUACCCCUGUGUCUGCAUGCCGCUGCGGGGCUGCUGACCACCGUCAUCAACGUUUGCACGUCUCAAGGUGGGAAUUGGUCAGUAAUGGCUAUUAUAACAACUUCUGUUACUGGAGCAACUCUAGUGAUUUGUUCAGCACUUCUCGCGCUUUACAAGUUCUACAAAUUAGAGCUACUCCGAAAUGAGGACGAGUAUAUCCGGCGUGCCCGAGGCUCAGUCAUGUCUGAUACGUGA